CACCUUAUUUCGGCAGACCAAAUCAUUUUUUGGUAUAUCUCACUUUUUUUUUUCCUUUCUCUCUCCAAGAGAACUCUGUGAACUCCAACCCAAAUCUCUCUCCUUUAUCACAAAAGAAUAAAUUAGAUUGAUUUAUCGCUCCAAUUUUUUGCAGCUGGUUAGAAGUUAUAUUGGUGUAAAAAAAAGGAGGAGUUUUUGAAUUUGGGGAUUUUUUUUUGGAAUUAUGAGUUCUCUUCCUCAGAAUGAACGAAGGCAUCGUUCUAGAAUUUCUGGCCAAAAUGCUCGUCAGCAAUGGGUUCCAAGAGGUCCUGGUAUUUUGAGUUCCCCGCCCUCGAAUUUAAAUGUGUAUGCUGGUGAAAAUGCUGGUGAUAGCAACGUUGGGGCGGGACAAAUGGAUAGUAGAGGGGAUCAAGGAUUUAGAGGGGGUGGUGGUGGGCAGGGUGGAGGACGGAGCUACAUGGGUCGGCCUCAGCAUUUAAGGAGCGAACGAAAUGAUACGAGGGAGGGUGUGGGAGAGAGAGGAAAUUUAAACAAGGGUAGAAGUAAUCCAAGAAGAAAUGUGAGGGAUUCUGAUUUACCUCAACUGGUGCAAGAAAUACAGGGCAAGCUAAGUAAGGGAACUGUGGAAUGUAUGAUUUGUUAUGAUAUGGUGAGGAGGACAGCGCCUGUUUGGUCUUGUUCGAGUUGUUACUCUAUUUUUCACUUGAAUUGUAUCAAGAAAUGGGCUCGUGCACCUACUUCUGUUGAUAUGAUUGCUGAGAAGAGCCAAGGGUUCAAUUGGCGGUGCCCCGGGUGUCAGGCAGUGCAGCUAACAGCAUCGAAGGAUGUCCGUUAUAUUUGCUUUUGUGGGAAGAGGCAUGAUCCACCAUCAGAUUUGUACCUGACUCCCCAUUCAUGCGGUGAGCCUUGUGGAAAGCCAUUGGAGAAGGAGGUUUUGAGACCUGGUUUGAGUAAGGAGGAUAUGUGUCCCCAUGUUUGUGUGAUGCAGUGUCAUCCUGGUCCUUGCCCCCCAUGCAAGGCUUUUGCACCUCCUCGGCAUUGCCCUUGUGGUAAGAAAGUAAUUACCACUAGAUGUUCUGAAAGGAAGUCUGUGCAAACAUGUGGUCAGGUUUGUGAGAAGAUUCUUGAAUGUGGGCGCCACCAAUGUGAUCAAAUUUGUCAUACAGGUCCAUGCGAAUCUUGCCAGGUUCCCAUGGAUGCAUCUUGCUUCUGCAAGAAAAAGUCUGAGGUGGUUGUCUGUGGAGACAUGUCAUUGAAGGGACAUAUAAAGUUAGAUCAUGGUCUUUUUUCUUGUAAUUCUACAUGUGGGAAGAAACUGCGAUGCGAAAAUCAUAAUUGUGCUGAUAUAUGUCACCCAGGUGCUUGUGGGGAGUGUGAUUUUUUGCCCAGCAAAAUAAAGACCUGCUAUUGCGGUAAGACUAACUUACAAGAUCAGCGAAAGAGCUGUCUGGACCCAGUCCCAACAUGUUCAGGGGCUUGUGGCAAGCGUCUUCCUUGUGGAAAGCAUUACUGUAAGGGUAAGUGUCAUUCUGGAUCUUGUCCUCCUUGCUCUGAGCUCGUCACUCAAAAAUGUCGUUGUGGCUCUACUUCUCGAACUGUUCAGUGCUUUAAGACCACUCUAGUGAACGAGAAUUUUGUCUGCGAUCGGACUUGUGGACGUAAGAAGAAUUGUGGAAGGCAUCGCUGUAGUGAGCGCUGCUGCCCACUUUCUAGUUCUAGUAACACUGCUUCUGGUGAUUGGAACCCACACUUUUGCUCUAUCCUAUGUGGAAAGAAGUUGAAAUGUGGGCAGCAUGCGUGUGAAGCGUACUGUCAUUGUGGACACUGUCCUCCCUGCUUGGAAACUAUAUUCACUGAUCUUACAUGUGCAUGUGGAAGGACUUCAAUCCCACCACCCCUACCUUGUGGAACCCCUCCUCCUUCAUGCCAAUAUCCAUGCUUGGUUCCUCAGCCUUGUGGCCACCAAUCUACUCAUAGUUGCCAUUUUGGGGACUGUCCACCUUGUUCAGUUCCCAUUGCUAAGGAGUGCAUCGGUGGGCAUGUUGUCCUUCGCAAUAUUCCUUGCGGGUCAAAGGACAUAACGUGUAACACACUGUGUGGAAAGGCAAGGCGAUGUGGUCUCCAUGCCUGUGCCAGGAGUUGCCACCCACCACCAUGUGAUCCAUCUUGUGGACUUCCAGAUCCUGCCAUAAAGGCUUCUUGUGGGCAAGUAUGCGGUGCCCCGCGGAGAGACUGUAGACACACAUGUAACGCUCUUUGCCAUCCUUCAGCUUCUUGUCCCGACUCAAGAUGUGAAUUCCCCGUGACUAUUUCAUGCUCGUGUGGCAGAAUUACUGCAACAGUACCUUGUGAUGCAGGGGGGAGCAGUGCUGCUAAUGUUCUUGAAGCUUUUGUUCUACAGAAGCUGCCAGCACCUCUUCAGCCUGUGCAAGCAAAUGAAAAGAGAGUUCCACUAGGACAGAGGAAGCUUACUUGUGACGAUGAAUGUGCCAAGCUUGAGAAGAAACGUGUUCUAGCUGAUGCUUUUGAUAUAUCUCAGAUUAGUUUGGAUGCUCUUCAUUUUGGCGAGAAUCCAUCUGCUUCGCAGCUGAUCUCUGAAUUACUGAGACGUGAUCCAAAAUGGGUACUUGCAGUGGAGGAGAGAUGCAAACAGUUGGUACUUGGAAAAGGCAGAGGAAGCUGUAGUAGUGGCAAUGUUAAGGUUCAUGUCUUCUGUCCAAUGCUAAAGGAGAAGCGAGAUGCAGUCCGACUAAUAGCAGAGAGAUGGAAACUCUCAAUCAGUGCUGCUGGUUGGGAGCCCAAGCGUUUCAUAGUGGUUCAUGCUACUUUAAAAUCCAAAGCCCCGCCUCGUAUUCUGGGACCCAAGGGUUCAACUGCGGUGAAUGCACACCACCCACCCAUUUUUGACCCUUUGGUUGACAUGGAUCCCAGGCUUGUUGUUGCCCUGCUUGAUCUCCCUAGCGAUGCAGACAUCAGCACUUUGGUUCUGCGGUUUGGUGGUGAAUGUGAACUCGUGUGGUUGAAUGACAAGAACGCCCUUGCUGUUUUCAGUGAUCCUGCUCGAGCAGCAACUGCUAUGAGAAGGUUAGAUAACGGAUCGGUUUAUCAAGGGGCUGCUGUCGUUCAACAUAGUGAUGCUGGAUCUGCUGCAGUAUCACCAUGGGGAGGGGCAGCAGCUUCUUCUGCUGUGAAGGGUAACCCCUGGAAAAAGGCUGCUGUAAAGAAUGGUAAUAUCUGGGUUGAAGACUCAUGGGGUGAGGAGGAAUCGUCCAGUGGUAGUGGUCCUGCUGAUGUAGGGUCUUCAUCAUGGAAAGGCCGUGAGAUCCCAGUUACAGCGACAACAAAUCGGUGGACUCUAUUGAAUUCUGAUUCAUCAUCGAGCUCAGCAGCUUCAUCGGCAAAAGUUGUGGACUACGCUAAAAGAACAGCAGCCUCUGGGAGAGAAUCAAAGAGCGCACCAUUAGGUAGUGCAAGUGUUGAGCUUAUGAGCACUCCUGAUGACAAUGCAGAAGUUGUGGAUGACUGGGAAAAGGCUUAUGAGUGAAGAUAUACUUGGUUUUGUCAUUAAAUUGGGGCUGGUGAUUUACAUAUGUUCACAAAUCACAAUUUGCAGCUUCUUCCAGUCUCUUAUGUUUUGCAGAGAAAGCUUUUGUUGUUGUUUUUCCGAAUGAAUGUACUUUGUAAAUCUUGUUGCGAUUUUUCAUGUUUCUUGCAAAUAUUCAAGAUUUACUUCA